AUGGCAGACCGAAGCCUUGCAAACCCGCGCUCCAGAUCGGCUAUCGACCACGAUCACGCAGUGCGCCUGCCUUCUUCACCAUUGCCUCCUGCAUCACGCUCGCCUAACUCGACCAUCUCCGACCCGUCCACGCCUUCCCCAAAUCCCAAACGCAUUCGAACCCUCGGUCCUAAUACCCCGUCAUCUGCUCUCGCCGCCUUUAGUGUGAGCUCUCCUGCAAGCCUGCUCUGUCUUCGGUCAAACAACAAGGCUGCCCUCUUGCCUGCGUACUUGCCUGCCGUGUUGAGGCCCUCCUCUGCCUGCCCCUUCGGCACAGUCCGUGGACAUACCUGCACUCCAGCUGGCUGGGACGACUUCAACAAUCCACGAGCCGACCCUCAUCAAAACAACCAGCUUUCGGUAUCAGUCGGUUCUGCGGUCGCGUCCCGGUGA